CCAUGGCGGAUGAAAAGAUGGUUCAACCAUGAUUAAGUUGAACACCUCUAAUUACUCUUUGUGGAAGACUUUGAUGGAGGACAAGUUGUUUUGUAAAGACCUCUAUGACCCAAUUGAGCACAAAGGCAUCAAACCUGCAGAAAUUAAUGAUGAUGAUUGGAAAAAGAUUGAUCGCAAAUCUUGUGGCGUAAUCCGUAAAUGGGUUGACAUGAGUGUGAUUCAUCAUGUGGCUCAAGAGAAGGAGUCCUAUAAGUUGUGGACUAAGCUUGAAGAGUUGUUUGAAAGAAAGAAUGCCUUGAAGAAAGCUUCCCUCAUUAGAAAACAAGUCAAUCUCAAGUACAAGGAGGGCAAGAAUGUGUCUGAGCACGUGAAUGAUUUUCAAGAAAUUUUGAAUGAACUAGUUACAGUGAAGUUGGCCAUUGAUGAUGAGGUACAAGCAUUGAUUUUAUUGAGCUCUCUUCUAGAUAGUUGGGAGACUUUGGUGGUAACUUUAAGCAACUCAACAAGAGAUGGGGAGAUGACUCUACAGCUAGUUAAGGACAGCAUAUUGAGUGAGGAAUCUAGAAGAAAAGAGCAAGGAAUUAUGAGUUCUGAGUCUAAAGCACUGGUUACUGAGUAUAGAGGGAUGAGUAAGCAAAGGUAUAUUCGAAGAGACAAUGACAGACAAUCUCAAGAGAAGUACAGCAAGGGGAAGUCCAGAGAUAAAAAUGUUAGGAAGAGGGCUGAUACUCAUGAAGAGAAGGAGGCCAAGGAGAACACUACUGCAAUUGCUUCUGAUGGUAAGGUAUACUUGCUAUGUGAGAAUGAUAACAUUGAUGUUGCUCAUCAUGAUUCUACAUGGGUUGUUGAUACUGCUGCUUCUUAUCAUGUCACACCAAAUAGAGACUGGUUUAGCUCAUAUAAAGAAGGUGAUUUUGGCUAUCUGAAGAUGGGAAACAUAUCCGAAGCUAAGAUUGUGGGUGUUGGUGAUGUUUGGCUUGAAACAAACAUCGGGUCCAAGCUGCACUUGAAAAAUGUGAGACAUGUUCCUGAAAUACGUCUCAAUUUGAUGUCUAUGAGUAUGCUAAAUGAUGAUGGCUACCUCAAUUAUUUUGGUGAUGGCACUUGGAAACUCACAAAAGGCACUAUGGUUGUGGCAAGAGGCAAGAAGAGAUUUUCACUCUAUGAAACUCAAGCAAAACAGUGUCAGGGACAGAUCAAUGUUACAAAAGCUGAUGCUACUGAGUUAUGGCACAAGAGACUUGGGCACUUGAGUGAGAAGGGACUUCAAAUCCUUAGCAAAAAGGAACUCCUACUCAGCUUGACAAGCAAUCUUUCUAAAACCUGUGCUAAUUGUUUAGCUGGCAAGCAUCAUAGAGUUUCUUUUCACACUUUACCCCUGUCUAGAAGAAAAUAUGCACUUGAUUUGGUUCAUACUGAUGUUUGCUUCAUGAAAGAUAAAAGUCUAGGUGGUGCUACAUAUUUUGCAAUGACAGAAAGAGAAACUGGGAGAAAAUUAAAGUGCAUCAGGUCUGAUAAUGGUAGUGAAUACAGUGGACAAUUUGAGCACUAUUGUAGAGAACAAGGAAUUAAACUCGAGAAAACCACUCCUAGAACUCCACAACAUAAUGGAGUUGCUGAAAGGAUGAACAGAACAAUAUGUGACAGAAUUGUUUGUAUGCUCUCUCAUGCUAAAUUGCCAAAGUCCUUUUGGGGUGAGGCUUUGAAGACUACAGUGUACUUGAUAAUUCGAUCCCCUUCUGUUUUUUUAAAUGGUGAUGUUCCGGAGAAGAUUUGGGCAAGCAAAGAAGUAUCCUACAAUCACUUGAGGGUAUUUGGCUGCAGGGCAUAUGUGCAUGUUCCAAAAGAGGAGAGAGCAAAGCUUGAUGCAAAGACAAAACAGUGUGUGUUCUUGGGAUAUGGUGAUGAGGAGUAUGGUUAUAGAUUAUGGGACUUGAAAAACAGAAAAUUAAUGAGAACCAGAGAUGUGGUGUUUAUUGAGAAUGAGAUGGUUGAAGACUCAAAUAAGCAAGAUGACAGCGAGGACACUCAAGAAAUACCAGACAAUGAUUAUUGUACUCCUUCAACACCUAAACCAAGUGUUAUGAAUGAUGAUCACAGUGAAGUAGAUGAGCAGCAAGUUCAAGAGCCUUAUUCCACUUAUGAGUAUGUGCUCUUGACUGACAGGGGAGAGCCAGAAACUUAUUAUGAAGCUAUGGAGAGUGGAAACAAGAAGGAAUGGUUGAUGGCAAUGCAAGAAGAAAUGAGUUCUUUGCAAGAGAAUGGGACUUAUGAGCUGGUAGAGCUUCCAAAGGACAAAAAGGCUCGUAACAACAAGUGGGUUUUUAGAGUAAAGUCUGAAGUGAACAAUCCCAAUCCAAGGUUCAAAGCUAGAUUAGUGCUGGAUGUUAAGACAGCUUUUCUCCAUGGUGAUCUUGAGGAGGAGAUCUAUAUGAAGCAACUAGAGGGUUUUGAGGUGCAAGGCAAGAAGAAUCUGGUUUGUAAAUUGAAGAAAAGCUCGUAUGGUCUCAAACAAGCUCCAAGGCAAUGGUAUCGUAAGUUUGACUCUUUUAUGGGGGAGCAUAAAUUUGCUGGAACAGAAUCUGAUCAUUGUGUUUAUGUUAAGAGGUAUCCAGAUGGUGAUUUCUUGAUACUUUUGCUUUAUGUGGAUGACAUGUUGAUUGUUGGUCAUGACACAAAGAAAAUUGCAGCCUUGAAGACUGACUUGAGCAAGUCCUUUUCUAUGAAGGAUUUGGGUCCAGCAAAGCAAAUUCUUAGAAUGAAAAUUUUUCGAGAUAGAAAGAGCAAGAAGUUGUGGUUGUCACAAGAAAAAUAUAUUGAAAAGGUGCUUGAUAGGUUCAACAUGAGCAAAGCAAAACCUGUGGGCACUCCACUUGCUGGCCAUUUCAAACUUAGCACAGAGCCAGAUAUAGCUCACGCAGUGGGGGUAGUGAGCAAAUUUUUAUCCAAUCUUGGCAAGCAACAUUGGGCAGCAGUUAAGUGGAUUUUCAAGUAUCUUAGAGGUACAUCUCAUAUGUGCUUAUGUUAUGGUGAGCAUGAAUCUUUACUUAAUGGCUAUAGUGAUGCUGAUUUGGGUGGAGAUUUGGACUUUAGAAAGUCCACUUCAGGAUACUUGAUGCUUUAUGCAGGGGGAGCAAUUUCAUGGAAGUCAAAACUGCAGAAAAGUGUUUCAUUAUCCACUAUAGAAGCUGAGUAUAUAGCUCUUUUUGAAGCAGGAAAGGAGAUUGUAUGGAUGAAGACGUUUUUUGAAGAAUUGGGUCUUAAGUAAGGGAGAUUUGUGUUGUUUUGUGAUAAUCAAAGUGCAAUUUACUUGAGCAAGAACCCACAGUUCCAUUCCAGAACCAAGCAUGUUGAUUUGAGGUAUCAUUGGAUACGUGAUGCAAUUGAAGAAAAGGUGCUUGAUGUU